AGAAUGUUGGGCUGUAUGAAGAAGGUGGUCCAGCACUCUGCGUUUCGGCCGAAAUUCAAAUUUCCGUAAAACUCGUUAGUCGUUAUCUUUGUUUAAAAAUCCCUCGAGAGCUUUCAAACGCGAAAGUUUCCCUCUCGAUCUCGCCCCAAAUUUCCCCGUUUCUCUCUGUCGUCUCGUACUUUCGAUCUCCAUCGGAAGGUAAGCCCUCUUUCUUUCCAGAAUAUCAAACGAAUGAGUCUUCACAGCACCCAAGCACCAGAAGCGAAUCCGAAGAAGCAAUGGUCCUUGCAAGACUUCGAGAUCGGAAAACCCCUCGGAAAGGGAAAAUUCGGCCGGGUCUAUCUCGCUAGAGAAGCGAAGAGCAAAUACAUAGUGGCGUUGAAGGUGAUAUUCAAGGAACAAAUAGAGAAGUAUCGAAUUCAGCACCAGCUGAGGAGAGAGAUGGAGAUUCAGACCAGCCUUCGGCACCAAAAUAUACUGCGACUCUAUGGGUGGUUCCACGAUGCUGAACGCAUUUUCUUGAUACUCGAAUAUGCUCAUGGCGGCGAGCUUUAUGGGAAGCUCAGGAAAAGUGGCCAUCUCAGUGAGAAUCAAGCCGCCACCUACAUUUCGAGCCUCACACAAGCACUGGCGUAUUGUCAUGAGAAGCAUGUGAUUCAUAGGGACAUCAAGCCUGAAAAUUUGUUGCUUGAUCACGAGGGUCGACUGAAAAUUGCAGACUUUGGAUGGUCUGUACAGUCAAGAAGCAAGAGACACACCAUGUGUGGAACUUUGGAUUAUUUAGCACCAGAAAUGGUGGAGAACAAAGCUCAUGACUACGCAGUUGAUAACUGGACUUUGGGUAUCCUUUGUUAUGAGUUCCUUUAUGGUGUCCCCCCAUUUGAGGCUGAGAGUCAGAGUGAUACAUUUAAAAGGAUAGUGAAGGUUGAUCUGAUUUUCCCUUCCACCCCUCAUGUUUCUGCCGAAGCCAAGGAUCUCAUUCUUCGGCUUCUGGUGAAAGACUCCUCAAAACGGCUUUCUCUUCAGAAGAUCAUGGGGCAUUCUUGGAUAAUCAAGAAUGCAGAUCCUGAAGGUAUUUGCAAUAAGUAGGAAUUUAAAUGCCGAUCUGAUUCUGCCAUGGCUUUGAGGAAUUCACAUGGUUGAAAUCUACUUCUGAUGAUGAAAUUUUUGGCGAAAUGAAGCAGUUCAUCAUUGUAACCUCCAUUUGUAUGUGAGAAUAUGUUCACUGUCUUGUUCAUCGUAGGUUGCAACUAAGUAUUUAAGUAUAGAAACUUAAUUACUGCAUGUUUGAAGGCACUGCCUACAUGAGUUUCGGAUCUAUUCAGUAUAUUAUCUUUUUGUUGGGA